GGAACUGCUUCCGGUGUGAAGUCCGAGGUAAACGGAAGUUUCUCUGACAUUGACCGCAGUUAUCCUUAAAUAUGGUUUCACUGUCUUUAAACUCGUUAAAACAAAUCAUGAAAGCGAUGGUAGAUCACCAAGGCUUCGACAAAGUCCUGAGAAAGGUGGACGUCUUGUCUGCCACUCCAGGCAAGGUGGUGUGUGAAAUGCGGGUGGAGGAGGAGCACACCAACCGGGGAGGGACGCUGCACGGCGGGUUGACAGCCACUCUGGUCGAUGUCAUAUCCACCAUGGCCAUCAUGUACACGGAGAGGGGAGCGCCGGGGGUCAGCGUGGACAUGAACAUAACAUAUGUGAAUGCUGCCAAGAUGGGAGAGGACGUACUCAUCACCGCCCAGGUUCUGAAGCAGGGACGGACGCUGGCGUUUGCCACUGUAGACCUCACCAACAAGGCCACGGGGAAGCUCAUAGCACAAGGCAGACACACUAAACACCUUGGCAGCGGCUAAGCAGUCUCCUCUCUUUGCCUGUCUGUAAAUCACACAUCACGUGAGCUGUUGAAACAAGAAAGUAGGGGAAAUAGUUCUCAAACACAGACCGUGGUGAAGUCCAGGUACACUAAAUGAAUCCUUCUACCGCUGUUGUAUUUAUGUAAAGAAGUUACAAGGAAAUGAAUGGCUUUACGGAAGUAAAUUCUGUGACUACUGUAUCAAUGGUACCAUUUCGUGCAAAUGUAAUAAAAAGACAAGAGUUAUGCUUUCA